CGCCGCCGCCAUUUUGUGAGUCUAUAACACGGAGCCGUUGGGUUCGUUCCUGCUAUUCCGGCGCCUCCGCUCCGUUCCCUGCGGGUCUCCUCCGUGUGCAAUGGACGGCAUUGUCCAAGAUAUAACAGUUGGUACAAAGCGGGGAUCUGACGAGCUCUUCUCUACUUGUGUUACUAACGGACCCUUUAUCAUGAGCAGCAACUCUACUUCUGCAGCUAAUGGAAAUGACAGCAAAAAAUUCAAAGGUGACAGUAGAAGUGCUGGGGUCCCAUCACGAGUAAUCCAUGUCCGCAAACUCCCCAGUGACGUCACAGAGGCAGAAGUCAUUUCUCUGGGCUUACCUUUUGGCAAAGUCACCAAUCUUCUCAUGUUGAAAGGAAAAAAUCAGGCUUUUAUAGAAAUGAACACAGAGGAAGCAGCCAACACCAUGGUAAAUUACUAUACUACGGUCACUCCAGUCCUUCGAAGCCAGCCCAUCUACAUUCAGUUCUCCAACCACAAGGAGCUCAAAACGGACAACUCUCCAAACCAAGCACGUGCCCAGGCAGCUCUGCAAGCAGUGAACUCUGUCCAGUCUGGAAACCUGGCACUUUCAGCCUCUGCGGCAGCAGUGGAUGCAGGAAUGGCAAUGGCUGGUCAGAGUCCUGUCUUGAGGAUCAUUGUGGAAAACCUCUUCUAUCCUGUCACUCUGGAUGUCCUGCAUCAGAUUUUUUCUAAGUUUGGAACAGUGCUGAAAAUAAUUACAUUCACCAAGAACAACCAGUUCCAGGCCCUGUUGCAAUAUGCUGACCCUAUGAGUGCACAGCAUGCCAAACUGUCUUUAGAUGGACAAAAUAUCUACAAUGCCUGUUGCACGCUGCGUAUUGACUUCUCAAAACUCACAAGCCUCAAUGUUAAAUACAACAAUGAUAAGAGCAGAGAUUACACACGGCCAGAUCUUCCUUCUGGGGAUAGUCAGCCCUCUCUUGAUCAGACUAUGGCAGCUGCUUUUGGUGCUCCAGGAAUAAUCUCUGCUUCUCCAUAUGCAGGAGCUGGUUUUCCUCCUACCUUUGCAAUUCCUCAAGCUGCAGGCUUGUCAGUUCCAAAUGUUCACGGAGCACUUGCUCCUUUGGCUAUCCCAUCAGCAGCAGCAGCAGCGGCUGCAGCAGGACGGAUUGCCAUUCCCGGCCUUACUGGGGCUGGGAACUCCGUUCUGCUGGUUAGCAAUCUGAACCCUGAGAGAGUUACACCCCAAUGCCUCUUUAUUCUUUUCGGCGUCUAUGGUGAUGUGCAAAGGGUGAAGAUCUUAUUUAAUAAGAAGGAGAAUGCCCUAGUUCAAAUGGCAGAUGGAAACCAGGCUCAGCUUGCCAUGAGUCACUUAAAUGGUCAGAAGCUUCACGGGAAGCCUAUCCGUAUCACACUUUCCAAGCAUCAGACAGUACAGCUUCCCCGCGAGGGACAGGAAGAUCAAGGGUUGACUAAGGACUAUGGGAAUUCUCCUCUACAUCGUUUCAAGAAACCUGGCUCUAAAAACUUCCAAAAUAUCUUCCCACCCUCUGCUACUCUUCACCUCUCAAAUAUCCCACCUUCAAUAACUGAAGAAGACCUCAAGAUGCUGUUCGCAAGCAAUGGUGGCAUGGUCAAGGGAUUCAAAUUCUUCCAGAAGGACCGUAAGAUGGCUCUGAUCCAGAUGGGCUCUGUGGAAGAAGCCAUUCAGUCGCUCAUUGACCUCCAUAAUCAUGAUCUUGGUGAGAAUCACCACCUGCGUGUGUCCUUCUCAAAGUCCACCAUUUAGAACUUUGGAAGGUGUGAGACCGAAUGGACCUGACUUAAAACCUCAUGGGUUCAGCCUUGACCUUAAAUGGUUGAACGCUAUGGGACAACUUCCAUCAUUCCAGAAAAAAAAGCCACUUUAAAAAUGCAGCUGAAGUGACCUUAAAGACCAGAGAUUUUAUUUUUUUAAAGAGAAAUCAGUUUACCGGUUUUUAAAAAAAUUAAAUCUAAUUCCUGUUGCUAACCUUGUGGUGAUGGGAUAACAAUCUCGAUGACUGUUCAAACAACAACAAAUAAAUCACAAGUUAAAGUUUACACUUUGGAAACUACUCUGGGAAAUUUCCCUUUUCCCCCCAGAAAACGAUCCUAACAAGCUUAUCAGGUUUCACAUUGAUGCCUUCUUUAUUUUCUUUACCCAUUCAAGCCUUGGAAGACCCAAAACCACUGUGCAAAUUCACUUUAGCGCCUUUGAGUCAGGAUCUUGCAACGUGCAUGGUGUGUGGGAGUUCCCAACUCACCCAGCGCAAAGGGCCUAGGCCCUGAGCCGUGCAUCUGCUAUCCUGUGCCUUAAACUUUUUCUUCUUAUUGGGAGGGGGAAAAUAUUACCUGAAAUGUUGGGAUUGGCUUGGGAAUGUUGAGGGAAAUAAGUUCUAGUUAUUGGAUCAGCUCAUUGUAACGAAGGACAAGUGAAGCUGGCAAAGUGGAUAAAGAAAAUAUUGGGCUUUGACUCCUUAGGCAGUUACUGAGUGUCCCACUGUCCAUGAGACGUCUCAAUCUGCAUAGUAUCAUGCGUAAUCUUGCCACUGCUCCAAUCUGUGUGUGGUUUGAUUUCCAUCUGUGCAUUCUUUCAGGUGGGCGUUAAGAUGCUUUGUUUAUAACAUUCAAACUGAGCAGAAAGGUCUGGGCGAGGAAAACGCUCCCACGACCCAUUUACAUUCCAGCAACUAUAGCAAGUUGACAGGCUCUCCUUUCAUUAGAGCCUUGAUCAAGCUAUGAAAAUUAACCACUGUUGGACACUUGUGAAGAAAACAAAUCAGUAUGAGCUUGUCUAAAUUGUACAUACAUCUAAAUACUUGGCUAGGAUUUGAAGAAUUAUUGGAUAUCCCACAUUAGAAAGGUGUUUAUCUGUCACCUUCGUGCCCCUAAUUUGAGAAAUUAACAAGACCAGCGUAGCUCCGCCAUCGUUCUUAUAGCAUGUCUUCAGCAUUUGAGCUUUUGUUUUAAUCCUUGUAUUAUACUUUUGAUGCAGUUGCUGUCAUCUGUGCCUAGCAAUAUUUCCAGUUGACCAAAUAUUCUAAUCUCUUUAUAUGCAAAAGAAAUAGUUUAAGUACCUUUUUAUAGAACGAUAAGAUGGUAUAAACGUAAUCUAAAUUUACUUCUUUUGUGGUAUUACCCUUGUAUACUGUACUUCUUAUUUUAUUUUUAUUUUUUUUUGUUGUAAUUAAAACUGUAGGGCAGGAAUUUAGUUUCAGGCUGAGGUCAUGACUGAGGAUGAGUAAUGUAAUGAAACUGUUCAAACAUGUUAAGCUAAGCAGGCCCUUUUUUUUUUCCUCCUUUAUUUUAUUUUUUUUAAAGCAAAAGGUGUUUGAACUAGCAGACACCCCGUGGCCUUUGAAUUCAGUUAAGUGGACCCAGGCUCAAGUUUUUACAUUUUUAAUCUCUAAGCCCAUAUCUUUUAAGUUAUAGGAAGGGAAUCUAUUAAAAGAAUUAGAAAGCAGCAGGUCAUUUUUUCCCCCUCGGUAACACAAACCUAAUUGAACUGAAAUAUCAUUCCUCUGGCUUACAACUCUUUUCCAUGCCGUUCUGCCUUCUCUCUUUUGUAUAAUCCAUUGUUGCCUUACAUUUCCCUGUAACCUGCAACCUGUUUUGGAUGCAAAAUAACAAGAAUCUUACACUUUUUUUCAGGGUUUCUCUGCAAAUUGUGGACCAAAGUUUGUUUUUUAAUUGUCUGUCUCUUGGUGUUUGCAAGUCAUGGGUUCCCUUGCCUAGCAUGAGAUCUCCUGACUUGCCUGACACUAAAGCAGUUGGAAAAGUCUUAACUUGUCUUAGUUCCUCCCUGAACUCUUGUGGGUGUGAACUGUGCUGGAGAAAUGUGUGAAGUCUGAGUGGAAGGUUCUGCUUGGGUUGCUGGCAUGAGUGAUGUGGUAGUACUGGCCUGUCUUAUUGCCAUCUUUUUUUUUCCUUGCCUGUGGCUGAAAGGUGUUGGAAGUUACCAUGAAUCAGCAGCAUUGCCCACAGUUCAGAGUUGAAAAGCCUCAUGUGACAAGUACGUGUCGGUUCCAUUUACUGCACAUCCAAAUAAGCUGGUUCCUGAAAAGUCUCAAUCUGUUUAUCUGAAAGCUCCCGGUUUCCCUGGCCGGCAUCUUACACUCAGUAGGGCAAAUUCUGAUCACCAGCGAGGAUUCAUUUGCUCUUCUCCCUCCCUCCCCAAAUUAAAAACAGUAAAUCAGUUCCCCUUACAGCCGGGGGACAUUGGCUACUAAAUGGGUACACUUGAAUCUACUACAGGCAGCACUCUACCUUGACUUAGAGAUCUAUGCGCAACCCAAGUGGAACAGCUGUUUAAUUCUUAAAUGCAUUCAAUCAACCUCACCCAAGAAACUGGGAAGAGGCUUAUUGGAAUGAAACCUGUCUGCCGGCCUCCGUUGGUUUGGUCAGCAAACAGACUUAUGUAUUUUACAAGAUGCAAGCAAAUAAAUUGAGGUGACCCCAGAACCCAGACAGUUAUGGGUUUUCUCCUUUGGAUCCCUGUGUUUGCAUGUAAAGAAUGUGAGUAACAAAAGGGUGUACAUAUUUAUAAUUUUUUUAUACCUGUUGUAAGACAUGAGGGGGCAGCAAAACCCAGUUUUUUUAUGGUGAACAGAUGUAUUGUAUAUUUUGAUAACAGCUAUUACAGGUUCAGUAUUGUGGAAAGCGGGGUGGGAGGGUGACCAUACACAACAUCAGAAUUCCAUUGCCUCUUUCAAAGAAUGUUUGUAAUGCAAAAAAGAAUUGAAAUUAAAACUAUUUUAUAACAACCUUUGUACCUUUCUGUAGCUCUAUUAUUUACUGUUCCAAUUGUAGAAAGCAGUUAUUGGCCAGUCUGUACUUGUGCUUUCAAUAAAUUUCUUCUGUAUUCUUUG